GGCGGCGAGGUUACGAAGCAAAGUGGAAAACGAGCGGAUGAAGGAUGAAGAAGGAGAGUUGUAGGACAGAUGGAAGAGUAAAAGGGAGCAGGUUCGGAGCGGGAUGCUUCUGCUCACGGGCGAGGCUGGCUCGCGCAGAAUAUCGUCGGUGCAGGCCUGAAGGAAACGCGACGAAAGAAAGAAAUAAGAGAGUCCCAGAAGGCUGUUAGGUGGAAGAAAUGGCGAGGAGCAAGAGAGCGGCGGAUAAAAGGAUAUACGGUAGGGCGUGGAGAUGGUAGGGAGGAAGAAGAGAAAGAAGUGGACGCGAUGCGGGUAGGAGAAGGAAAGGGCGCACAGGGAGCGACAGGUGCCCAAUCGCCCACGUGGGUUCUCUCUUUACGGUGCUGCAGAGACGGUAGAAGGGUGAAGAAGACGACGAUGAUGACGACGAGGACGACGAGCCGGCUUCCUUGUACUGGUGAAGCAGCCGAUACUCGUUCUAUACACCAAGUGCACUCGCCACAGGAUGAACAUAGUGGGGCAGUGAGAUUCAUUGGCGUAUGCAGCUUGUUUUUCCCAUUUACACUACCUCUAUGCAACACUCUAAUGGCACGAUCAUGGCUUUCGAAUACUUCUUUUAAUUAAAAGGAAGUGUAGAGGUAGGGGUGUUCCCAUCAGUAGUCUUCUUUAUCCAUGUCUGAGGAGAUGUCCGAAUUUAGACUCCUCUAGGAUCCUUCCAUAAUUACAGACUCCUUCUACAUUUACUUCUAGCCUAAAUAAGUCUACGUUUCAUUUAGAUGUAUAUUUAAGAUUGAACUGAUAGGAUGAUUAGAUGAUCCCGAUGUAUUAGAGAUGACAAUGACUACGCCACUGAAAAAGUCUACAGCGGGCCAUGUACUGUGAGUGGGAAAAGAGGUAAAGAAGGGGAAGGGCUACCCAUUCGGUAGCAAAUGCUGGUAACCCGUCGCAAGGUCAAGAUCAGUCGGUUAAUCCUAUCCAGUCAGCCGAGGCCUUUGCACCUUGGAGGACGAACGACCCUCACGGUCCGAACUGAAAUUUCACUUGUUACUCGUCGAUUUGCUCCAAUUUCCGUGAUUUACCUGUUCGACUGCCUUUCCAUAGAAAUAUUUCGUCUAGACGGUGUCCAGUGAGCCGCGGUGUCACUUGUAAUCGCAUCCAAGAAUUCGUGUGCGUUUUAUGGACCUCGUGGUGACUAUUCAUUGAUCAGUCUUCGGAUACACUUCAGACUCUAACACUAUCAACUUCUUCUCCUUUGAGUUAAUCAGUUUGGUAUCUAUCAAUUAUUAUUUCACGUCGUUAGAUGUUGAUCACGGGGUGAUAAUUAAUAAGAGUUUGAUGAAAAGGAUCCGUGGAUCCUUUUGGUUGAGUGUCCUGUAUAGAAAAGUGUUUACAGUGGAGAGAACGGUAGCUGUGACUUUUCCAAAGCAUCCCUUCGCGGUGCCUCUGUUAUGGAAACCUGCGUUCUGAUACCCAAAGAAUUUUCCUUGGCAUUAGCUAACGAUCGAUCCUCUUACAAGGGUCUCUUCAAGAAUGAUUCAGGAAACUUAGUCACCGAUGUCAGGAUAUCCGUAUGGUCUAAUGUACUCAUCCCUUCUGGAACGCUGAUUUACCCCUUUCAGGGAUCGAUCCGAUUCGACAAGAUCGACCUUUACUCUCUUCUCGAUGACAAUGAUAUCAGACGCGAAUAUGGCUGCUACGACGAAGUAUUCUUUUCAAAUUACAAUUUCAACAAACGUCAGUGUAACUGGAUAAGAUUCCUUCGUAUAGUUCAAUCUUACAACGAACAAGUAAAUUUAGUUGGUACUAAAGUGAAAGGGGAUCCAAUCUUUGAAGUAAUAAAAGAUGUUCAACCGGAUACGGAAUUAGUGGCUUGGUUUCUUCCUACGGCUGAACAAGAUUUUGUUCUUAUUCCACACGAUAUGUGCUCGAGGUCGGCUCUAUACAGAUGUACUAUUGAUUCCAUUUUAGAUGAAUCCCCAUUAGAUUUAUCAAUGGCGUUACUCUCUCAUCAUUCAUCAUCAGCCAUUUCGCAUUCGUAUUACGAGAUGGACGAAUACGAAUCAACAUCCGAGGAGUCCUCGUCAUCAACAUUAUCCUUGACGAGCGAUCAUUUAGAUUGCAGUAUCCUGACGACGAUUAAAAGAGGAGAAAGGGUUCUGUUACCCUGUGAAGUCUGCGGGAAAUCCUUCGAUCGGCCGUCGCUUUUAAAGCGUCACAUGAGAACUCACACAGGAGAGAAACCACAUGUUUGUAUGGUGUGCAACAAGGGCUUCUCCACAUCAAGUUCCUUGAAUACGCACAAGAGAAUCCACAGCGGUGAAAAACCCCAUCAAUGCCUUGUUUGCGGUAAGAAGUUUACGGCCUCCUCCAAUCUCUAUUAUCAUCGGAUGACUCACAUAAAGGAAAAGCCACACAAGUGUUCACAAUGCUCCAAGUCGUUCCCUACGCCCGGAGAUCUUAAAAGUCAUAUGUAUGUGCAUAAUGGACUAUGGCCAUUCAGGUGCCAUAUUUGUAGCCGUGGUUUCAGUAAACCUACCAAUCUCAAAAACCACAUGCUACUGCAUCUUGGCAGAUGUUCCAAUAAGAAAAUCGUCAAAUCUAUAUCAGACUACUGACUUAAUAAUAUCGGACCAUUUUUCAACAGAAAUUAAAAAAUUAUCCCUCUACAUGUUUGAAGAAAGUCAUACACAAAGUUCUCAUUCAAUGAUUCACAGUUACAAUUAAAUAUUAAUAUCAUACAAUCUUGUGAUUAUUUUGUUUUUAAUCAUUUUUCACAUUCAGAUAACAUAAUGUACAUUAUUAUUAAUAUUAUUAUUAUAUUUCGAGACUUAUUGCCGCAAAUGUAUUCUAUAUUUUUAUUUAGUUCAAUUAAUGAGAUGUAAGUGUUAGAAAAUUUCUUUAUUGUUCCUCGAGUUUGGUUAAUACUGUUUACAAUGUUAUUACGUUAAUCAUUAAUGAGGAACGUGUUCUCGUUAGAGCGAACCGUUGUGAGAGAAAUAACAAUGAAUUUCCAGUGAAACAGAUGUUUCUUAUGAUACGAGAGAUCGAAGAAAAGAAGUAUAUUGAGAAAUAAGCUUAGACGCUCUAUGUUGCCUGCACACACGUGCGACUAACUACAAGAAUUCAAACGAAAGAAGAAAUAAGUUACCCUUACUCACGAGUUCAUGAAUUUUUCAUCGUUCGACUCGAUGAAGAGAUGUAAUUACCGUCUUAUUUUUACCUCGUUCCGAUAAUGUUUGUUUGCCAAUUAUGACAAGUCACGAAUAUACUCCUUCAAUAAAGUCAUUUGAUGUUUAAAA